AUGGCGAAUAUUUCUAGGACAUCCAUUCGUCGUCUGGCAACCACAGCGGUGCGCGCUGCGGCCGCUGACUCGGUCAAUGCUUAUGGGAUCCGUGUCUCCAGAGCUCAAGGCGUGGUCAAUUCCUUGACCGGAGCUAUUGGAAAUACUCCUCUAAUAAGAUUACAGAAGCUCUCCGCACAAACGGGCUGCAAUAUUCUGGGAAAAUCCGAAUUCCAAAACCCCGGUGGCAGUGUCAAAGACCGGGCGGCUUUAUAUGUGGUGAAAGAUGCCGAAGAACGAGGACUACUCAAACCGGGGGGAACCGUUGUCGAAGGCACAGCUGGCAACACCGGCAUUGGCCUGGCACAUGUCUGCCGGGCUAGAGGAUACAACCUGGUCAUCUACAUGCCCAAUACACAGUCACAAGGCAAGAUUGAUCUUCUGAGACUCCUGGGAGCUGAAGUCUAUCCUGUCCCGGCCGUGGCAUGGGAGAACCCGGAAAAUUACAAUUGGCAAGCCAAACGGCACGCGGAAAGAGUUCAGAAGGAAGAUCCCGAGCAUGGUGCCGUCUGGACCAAUCAAUUCGACAACGUUGCCAACAGAAGGGCACAUAUCGAAACGACCGGUCCUGAAAUCUGGGCUCAGACCGAUGGAAAAAUCGAUGCAUUCACCUGUGCGACUGGAACUGGCGGGACACUAGCGGGCACAACGCGAUAUCUGAAGGACGUUAGCAACGGGACCGUCAGGUCAUUUCUCGCCGAUCCUCCUGGCUCCGUGCUCUACUCCUAUGUUACUUCCGGUGGCCAACUCAAGGAGAGAACUGGUAGUAGCAUAACCGAGGGUAUUGGGCAAGGUCGAGUCACGGACAAUUUGAAGCUAGAAGUCAACGAGGUCGAUGGUGCCCUUCAAAUUUCCGACGAGAAGAGCAUCGAAAUGGUGUAUCGAUGCCUUGACGAAGAAGGACUCUACCUCGGUGCCAGCAGUGCCUUGAAUGUGGUUGCUGCCAAAGAAGUCGCCGAGAAACUGGGGCCCAAUCAUACUGUCGUCACGAUCCUUUGCGACGGAGCCUAUAGAUAUGCAGACCGCUUAUUUAGCGACAAAUGGUUGAGAAGUAAAAACUUGAGAGGUGCGAUUCCCCCACAUCUGGAGAAAUACAUUGUCCUACCAUAG